AAUAAUGGAUAGAUUGGUUAACAGAAGAAAAAAUAUUAUCAGAAGAUAAUCAAGAAAAAAAAAUUUAAAUUUUAAAUUUAUUUGAAAAAGCAUUAGAAGAAGGAUAUUUUAUUGAAAUAGGAAAAAUGUAUAUAAAAUAUAGUCAUGAACUUUUAGAAGAAAAAAUAAUAACCAAAAACAAAUUCAAAAUAAUAACCGAAAAAGUAUUAGGAAUAUUCAUCUAAGACUUUUACAUAGGAUCUGAUAUAUUCAAACUAGCUCGUGAUAUAGAAUAUGAAUAAAUAAAAAAUUACAAAGAAGAUGAAAAAUAAUAUAAAGAUAGUUAGAAUUAUAUAUAAUAAUUAUACUAAAGGGAAUUAAAAUAAUGUUUAGUUAAUUUAUAAAUGAUUUGGUUAGAAUAUUAAAAUUUUGAAAAGAAUAAAACAUUAUUAGAAGAAGGAAAAAAAAAUUUCGAGAAAAAUAUGAACGAAAAUAUGUCUUUAAUAUUAGAUUUGGAAGAAAAUUAUGAAAAUUAAACUGAAAAAGAACAGUUUUUAAAAGAAUUAAUUGAAUUAUAAGAAAAAGAUGAAAAAAAAAGAAUUUCAAAUGAAAAAGUUAUUAAUUUUUUCGAAAGAAGCUUAUAAGAAAAUUUAACAAAUUUAAAUAUUUGGAAUUGCUUUUUAGAAUUUCUCAAAAAAAAAAAAAUACCAAUUUUAAAGUAAAAAAUAGUCUACUAAAGAGCACUAAAAUUAUUUCCAAAUGACCUAAAUAUUACUCUAGGUUUUUUAAGAAUUUAGGAAAAAAAUUCAGUAUUUUUUGAAGAAUUAUAUGCCUCUUUCUAAUCCAUUAUAGGUAAUUUCGAACACCAAAAGGAAUGUUAAUACAUUCUAUUUUAGAACUUCAUUGCUUUUUCAGUCAGAAAAAUGCUAGAAGUAGAUUAAAUUAAAGAAGAGACAAUAUAAAAUAUGAGAAUAGUACAAGAAAAUGCACUUUAGUAUUUUUAAAAUGAAGAAAAUGAGAAUUUAGAGAUUGAAAUAUUACUAAAAUGGGCUGAAAUCGAAUAUCAUAUUGUAAAAGAUAUUAAAAAAGGGUAAUCUGUCUGCGAAAAAAUAGUAAGAAAAUACGGAAACUAUUUAAAAAAUUGGAUAAAAUAUAUAGAAUUAGAAAAAAAUUGUGUAAAAAAUAUACAAAAUUUAAGAAGUAUAAUUAAAAGAAUGAUUGAAUAUGUAAAAGACGAUAUUUUAGGUAGUUUAAAUAUUUGGGUUGAUUUUGAGUAACUUUAUGGAAAUUUGGAAAAUAUAGAAAAUAUUGAAGAUAAAAUAAUUGAAAAAAGUAAAGAAGUUUUAUUAAAUUAAGAAGAAGAAGAUGAUAUAGAAGUAAAUUUAACCUAAAAUUAAGAAAAUCUUAAUUUGAAUAAAAAAAGGAAAAAUUAAGAAUAUGAAGAAGAAGAAGGAAAUAAUAUUUUUAAAAAAAAUAAAGGAAAUAAUAAUUAAGAAAUUAAAAAAAAUGAAAAAUAAAUAAAAAAUAAUAAUUAAGAAAAUAUAUAACAUAUACAAACAGUUUUUAUUAAAAAUUUACCUACUCAUUAUUCAGAAUAAGAAAUAAAUAAUUUAUUUGAAAAUUAAUAAAAUAUUAAAUCAAUAAGAAUAGUUAAGAAAGGUAAAAAAGGACUGGCUUAUAUAGAUUUUUUAAAUCAAGAAGAAGCUGAAAAAGCAUGUAAAUAGGCUAAUAAUUUAAAAAUAGACGAUAAUCAUAUACUAUAUGUAGCAUUAUCAGCACCACCUAAAGAAAAAAAAGAAGAAAUUAAUCUUACAUUAUUUUUAAAUAACCUUCCUUUCGAGAUAAAAGAAGAAGAAAUCUAAAAACAAUUUUAGGAUAUAUAAAUAAAGGAAAUUCGAAUUAUUAAAGACGAUAAAGGUCUCUGUCGGGGUUAUUCUUAUAUAGAAUUUUAAGAUGAAAAUGAUGUUUAAAAAGCUCUUUAAUUAAUUAAGUAGAACCCGUUUAUAUUAGGUCGAAAAAUAAAUUGUUAAAUAGCAAAAAAUAAAGAAGAAAUAUUAUAAAAUAAAGAAUCACAUUAUACUGUUUUUCUUAAAAAUAUUAGUUUUAAAACUCGUGAAAGUGAUAUAAGGGAAUUUUUCACAAAUUAUAUAAUUGAUUAAAUUUUAAUUGCCAAAGAUUUAGAUGGAAAACCAAAAGGAUAUGCUUACGUAUCAUUUAAAGAUUAAAAUACGCUUUAUAAAGUUUUGCAAAUUAAAAAAGGUAUUAUUAAAAAUAGAGAAUUUGAAAUUUUAAAGUCUGAUAGAUAGAUUACUAAUAGAAAGUAUAUUUAUUUUUUUAAUUAUUUUUUAUUAUUUUUUUUAUUUUUAGAAACACUGAUAAAAUGGAAGUAGAAUAUAAAGAAAAUAAAACAAAUGAUGAUUUCAGAUAACUUUUUAAAUGAAAUAUUUAAUAAUAAAAAGUAUAGGAUAGAUAAAAAAAUAUUUGGCUAUAUAUUUUAUAACAUUAAUAUUUCUUUUUAUUUUUUUAGAAUAUUUAUUAUUUAUUUUUUAUAUAAACAAUAAAAAUAUUAAAAGAAAAAUUAGAAAAAAUUAAAUUUUUGUAAUAAAUGA